UUUCUCUUGAAAGAAAAAAUCACAGUUGACUUUCCUUACAUUCUUUUUGGUAUAUGAUGAAACCAGAUCGCACUUUCUGUAUCAUUUUUGUUUUCAUAAUCAAAUGCACUGCUGGCUACAUGUUCGAGCCAGCUGUUGACUUUCCUCACAGUUGACUUUCCUUAUAUUCUGUUUGGUAUGAUGAAACCAGUUCGCACUUUCUGUCAUUUUCAUGAAACAAGAAAAUUCCUUGCGUCACUCAAAAUCUUAGCAACUAUUCCAUGAUGGUGACACAAGCAUGCUUUGGUUUCUUCUUAUUACUAAGUUGGGGAACACUAGUUAGAAAGGCACAAACACAGAUAUUUGUGGGAAGUAAUUGCCAAAACACCUCCCAAGAGCCUCUCAGCAGUGCAUACCAAGCCAAUCUUGAUAAGAUCCUCGCAUGGAUGCCUUCUGAUGCAGCCACAAGCAGAGGCUAUAACCACACCAGAAUAGGCAUCAACACUCCAGUGUAUGGCCAAUAUGAUUGCCGUGGUGAUGUUGCUGAAAGCUUUUGCCAUUUCUGUGUCUCCCUCGCAGCCAGAGAAGCCCCUAAACGCUGCCCCAAUAGGGUUUCUGCUGUAGUGUGGUAUGAGUACUGCAUGCUAAGGUACUCUAAUGAGAGCUUUUUUGGGAAAAUUCUCACACACCCGACAUGGCAUGGGUUUGGACCAAAAAAUGUAUCCAACAUGGAAGAGGUUCGUAGAGGUGAAGGUUUUGUGAAAAGUAUGAUCAGUAAAGCAACUAAGGAAACCAACCAGUUGUACUAUUUGGGUGGCUUCAAUUUGAGUUCCACUCAGAAAAGGUAUGGCAUGGUGCACUGUGGCAGAGAUCUCUCAAAUGAAGGGUGCAGACAGUGUUUGGAGUUUUUAUUAGCACAAAUUCACAAAUGUUGCGAGCAAAAAAUAGGAUGGUUUAUUUGGUCUGGAACUUGUAUGAUAAGGUAUGAUGAUCAAAUGUUCUACCGUCUUAGCAACCAAACAUCUUCACUUUCUCCGUCAAAUGAUGAAAAAGAUAAACAAAGGGCUUAUAGGAGGUCAAAAAUCUUAAUCAUUAGCAGCAGUAUUAUGGGGUCAGUACUAAUUCUAUGUUUGAGCGUUUAUUGCAUCUGGUACAGGAGAAGAGUUAGAAAAGAUGGGUUUCGUCUAUCUUCGUUUCACAAAAUUCAAACAGAGGAUUCAUGGACCACAGACCUUCCUAUAAUCCCAUUAACCACAAUUCUGCAGAGCACUGAUAACUUUUCAGAAGCAUGUAAAUUAGGGGAAGGAGGAUUUGGCACUGUUUACAAGGGAGUUCUAGCAGAUGGAACUCAAAUUGCAGUCAAAAGGCUCUCAAAGUUUUCAGGUCAAGGCUCGGAGGAGUUUAAUAACGAAGUCCUGUUCAUAGCUAACUUGCAACAUCGCAAUCUGGUUAGACUUUUGGCAUGUUGCUUGGACGAAAAUGAAAACAUACUAGUAUAUGAGUAUUUGCCGAAUAAAAGUUUAGACUUUCACCUCUUUGAUGAUGAGAAGAGAAAGCAGUUUGAUUGGAAACUAAGAUUAAGGAUUAUCAAUGGAAUAGCAAGAGGUAUUUUAUACCUUCAUGAGGAUUCUAGAGUCACAGUAAUUCAUAGAGAUCUCAAAGCUAGCAAUGUUCUAUUAGACCAUGACAUGAAUCCCAAAAUAUCAGAUUUUGGAUUGGCAAGGGCAUUUGAAAUAGGACAGAAGCAGGCAAAUACAAAACGAGUAAUGGGCACUUAUGGAUACAUGGCUCCAGAGUAUGUUAUGCAAGGAGUGUUUUCGGUGAAAUCUGAUGUUUUCAGCUUUGGAGUUCUUGUUCUAGAGAUCAUUUAUGGGAGAAAGAACAGUGGAUUGUCAGAACAUGGUCAAACUCUUCUUUUAUAUGCUUGGAGAACAUGGAGCGCAGGAAAAUGUUUGGAAAUGAUUGAUCCAAUGCUUGAAAAUUCCUUCAUAGGCAGUGAAGUUGAGAGGUGUAUACACAUUGGUUUGUUGUGUGUUCAAGAAGAUGCUAAGGAUAGACCAACAAUGUCUCAUGUGGUUUUAAUGCUGGCAAGUGAUACAAUGGUUCUUCCAAAACCCAAACACCCUGCAUUUUCAGUUGGAAUAAUAGCCUCUGAAGAAGUGUACACAUCAAAAAGUUCCAAGGAUGUUUCUAAAAAUGAUCUAACAGUCUCUAUUUCUUUACCAAGGUGAAGAACAAUUGCAUAAAGGAUUUGCCAGUUCUCAAAUGUAACAAAGUAAAGUUGUAUUUAUCAUUCAUUUAUA